GGGAGCAGCGCCCGGCUCCGAGCGCCCCACGUCGAGGCCCGCCUGGCCCCGCGCCGGCCGCGCGCUGCCGCAGGAGUUGGCCGCGGGCAGACGGGCAAGGGAGGGAGCGAGAGGGAGGCCAGCGCCCAAGCCGGCCGAGCGCCAUGCGCCGCGCCAGCCGAGACUACACCAAGUACCUGCGCGGCUCCGAGGAGAUGGGCGGCGGCGGCCCCGGAGCCCCGCACGAGGGUCCCCUGCACGCCCCGCCGCCGCCCGCGCCGCCCGCGCCGCCCCCGGCCGCCGCCGCCUCCCGCUCCACGUUCGUAGCCCUCCUGGGGCUGGGGCUGGGCCAGGUGGUCUGCAGCGUCGCCCUCUUCCUCUACUUCAGAGCGCAGAUGGAUCCUAACAGAAUAUCAGAAGACGACACUCACUGCAUAAACAGAAUUUUCAAACUCCAUGAAAACUCAGAUUUGCAAGACACAACUCUGGAGAGUCAAGACACAAAAUUAAUACCUGAUUCAUGUAAGAGAAUUAAACAGGGCUUUCACGCAGCUGUGCAAAAGGAAUUGCAACAUAUUGUUAGAUCACAACAUAUCAGAGCAGAAAAAGCUAUGCUGGAAGGUUCGUGGUUAGAUGUGGCCAGGAGGGGCAAGCCUGACAGUCAACCUUUUGCUCAUCUCACUAUUAAUGCCACUGACAUCCCAUCCGGUUCCCACAAAGUGCGUCUGUCCUCCUGGUACCACGACCGAGGAUGGGCCAAGAUCUCCAACAUGACUUUCAGCAAUGGAAAACUAAUAGUUAACCAAGAUGGCUUUUAUUUCCUGUAUGCCAACAUUUGCUUUCGACACCAUGAAACUUCAGGGGACCUUGCUACAGAGCAUCUUCAGCUGAUGGUGUAUGUCACUAAAACCAGCAUCAGAAUCCUGAGUUCUCAAACCCUGAUGAAAGGAGGGAGCACCAAAUACUGGUCAGGGAAUUCUGAAUUCCAUUUUUACUCAAUAAAUGUUGGAGGAUUUUUUAAACUGCGAUCUGGUGAGGAAAUCAGCAUCGAGGUAUCCAAUCCUUCAUUACUGGAUCCAGAUCAAGAUGCAACAUACUUUGGGGCUUUUAAAGUUCUAGAUAUAGAUUGAGUCCCAUUUUUGUAGAAUGUUGUUAUGUAUUUCCUAGGAUGUAUGGAAAACUUUUCUUAAACAAGCCAAGAAAGAUGUAUAUACAUGUGAGACUACUAAGCAGUAUGACCCACAAUGGUACAAGAAGACUCUAUCCAUGCUCUUGACUCAGUAAUGAGCACGCAUAUUUACAGCCAAUAGGAGAUGUUGAACUUAAAGUGUGUUACAGUUUUUCUUAUAUACUGGCUUUUAAAUUUUGUAAUGAAUUCCUAGAAUUAAACCAGAUUGGAGCAAUUAUAGUUGCCUUGUUGAAAAACUGCGUUUGGUCUCUGGGAGGGGUUAAUUCUCCGGAUCUAGCCCACUGUUAGGUGCCACUAUGCAGCUGAAGUCAGAGGCUGUUAUGUGAUUGCAAAUGGGUAAUCAUCAGAAGGGCUAAGUACUUUUGAGUUGUUACAUCAUGCUGGAACCUGAAAAUACUUUUUUCUAAUGAGGAGAGAAAAUAUAUGUAUUUUUAUAUAAUAUCUAAAGUUAUAUUUUAGAUGUAAUGUUUUCUGUGCAAAGUAUUGUAAAUUAUAUUUGUGCUAUAGUAUUUGAUUCAAAAUAUUUAAAAAUGUCUUGUUGUUAACAUAUUUAAAGUUUUAAAUGUACAGACAUAUUUAACUGGUGCACUUUGUAAAUCCCCUGGGGAAAACUAGCAGCUAAGGGAAAAAUAUGUUGUUUGCUAAUAUCCACUGUAUUAUAGUUCUUCAUUCUUUUUAACUUAAUGGUUCUUCAGACUUGUCAAGUCUGUGCAAAAACAUUAAAAUGGAUGUCUCUAAAUAAUAAGCAGGAUGUUGGCCACCAGGUGCCUUUCAAAUUUAGAAGCUGAUUGACUUCAGAAAGCUGACAUUGCCAGAGAGUAUAUAUGAUGGGCUACUGGAAUCUGUCAAGAGUAUUUAUAUAAUAAUUGAACAGGUGCUUUUUUCUACAAGUGCUUUAAAUUACAAAUUUUGGGUUUUUUUUAAUAGAAAAGUUAUCAGUGGCUUAUCUGCAAAAAACAAAUCCCAUUUUUAAUUUAGUGGAAGUUAUUUCAUACUGUACAAUAAAAACAUUUCCUCUGAACAUUAUUUUUUUUUUGGUACACAAAUAAACUUA